AUGUUCACACCAACAACUGAAAUGGCAGCGCCAUCACCCUUCUCAACGCCAAAGCGAAAGCGCGAGCAGAUACUAGGACGUCAAAUCCCCGACUUCCCCUCUCCAGCACAUCAACAACAACAGUUCACCUUCAGCCCCGACUCCUCCCAAACGGACGACGGCAGCACAAGCCCCCGAAGCUGCGUCGCACACAGGUUCCGGGGCCUCGCCCUGGGGCCCACGCCGAGUGGGGGUGGGGUCGUCCCCAACAACAGUAGUGGAGACAGCGCCAGCAGUGUUAGAAACUCUUUUGGACCCCCCCCCGAUUUUGGCAGCGCGAUGGAUACCUCCUCGUCAUCAGAGAUGGACAUGGACAAUUCGGAGAGGGGAUCCCGCAAACGGGCGAGGACUCGGGAGGUGGUGAUGGGUGAUGAUAAUGUGACAGCGGAUGCGGUUACCCGGGACAGUCUGCAGGAUGCAGAACAACACCAAGAUAUCGCCGAUAAGCAGCGGCAGUCGUCACCAAAAUCGCUCCGUUUCGCGAUUGAUACUGGGGUAGUGGAACAGUCGGAGACGAUCGCCAACACGCACACUACCGCGCCUCGAGCAAUUACUCUACCAUCGAGGACAAAGUCUGCUGCGAAAAAGCCCCGCAGUCGAAAGACUACUCCCCAGCCGCAGGCACAGCUUCCGUUGCCGGCUAUGACGCUUACAAAUCUCCCGAUUUUGGCUCCGAAACCACCGGCGGCUGAGGCGACGGCGGCUGGUCCGAAGCCACCGACAACGGUUAUUACAGAUCCCUUACGGGCAUCGCUGACAUGGCACGACGACGAGAUUACGAUCUAUGACCCUGAUGACAGCGAUGAUGAUGGGACGGGGAUUAAUGGGAUUGGGUUUAAGCCUACGGCUGCGGUGGCCUAUGCGAGGACGGUGAAGAGGAAGCAGCAGCUGGCUGAGUACAGGAAAAGAGAGGAACGAGAGGCUAGGGCGUGGAGGAACCAGAGGAGGAGGCGAGGGGAGAGUCCGGCUGUUAGCCUCAGUGGGAGUAGCUCGGAUGUGAAGAAGAAGAUGGAGAGGAGGAGGGUGAGGUUUUUGGACGGGAGCGCUGAGGUUAAGGUGACGGUUUAG